UAGCUGCAGCGGCCGGCAUUACCCCUUUCCGGCAAGAAAACGAGCCCACAACCAUUAUUACUGCACCCAUGUAAACAUACCACGUUAAUUAACCGCCAGCAUCUCAAACUCUACUGUUUGUCACCAGAGUCUUCGUGCUGACAGACAACAGUCUAAACCUUAAAGAAACACAAAAAGAUUCCUAAAAUAAUUUGGUCGGCGAUAUCUUCGGGUCUUGCAGGAAAGACGAAGCCCUGGAGGGUUGGUAAUAGUACUCUGUUAUUUGCAAUCUGGAGGAUUUGAGAGUUUUGAGGGCGAACGCCUUUGCCAAUCCAAGAAUCAACAGGGCAAAGACGGUUUAAGGACGAGAUGGUGGAUCUUUGGAGUAUGUUUUGCGGGGCAUCUGAUUGUACUGACAGCAGUAGGAAGUUUUGCGGUGCUAAUUUAGUCUCUGCAGCACUCUCCUCCUCGUGUAUUAAUCAUGCCUUGAUCACUUCCUUCGAUGUUUUGCUCUUAAUUGUGUUCCUAGCCAUUUUUUUCUCCAGACCCUCGUCAAAAUUCCCAUGGACGCAUGCGCAAACUCGUCGUAUUUCAGGAUUGCAGUUGAUAUCUGCCACUUUCAAUGGUCUUCUUGGACUUUCAUAUUUGUGUGCGGGGAUUUGGGUGUUGGUAAGAGAGUUACGGAAAACCCACAGUGCAUUGCCUCUCCAUUGGUGGUUGCUGCUAACUUUCCAUGGGUUGACGUGCUUAUUAGUGGGUUUAACUGUGAGCCUUAGGGGAAAGGUUUUUUCACAAGCACCUUUGAGGCUGUUGUCCAUUCUUGUAUUCUUGUUUUCGGGAAUUGCAUGUGGAUUCUCUCUUGUGACUGCCAUUCUCGAUAAAGAGGUGUCAGUUAGGAUGGGGUUAUACAUAUUGUCUUUGAUAGGAGCAUGUUUACUGUUGUUGUGCACCUACAAAGGUUACAAAUAUGAGGAUAGCACUGAAAAUGAUCUUAGUGCCCCCUUAAAUGGCGUGGCCAGUGGAAAAGGCAAACUUGAUUCUGUUGGCAGUGUCACUCCAUUUGAGAAAGCUGGAUUUAUCAGUAAAAUGUCAUUUUGGUGGUUGAAUCCAUUGAUGAAAAGGGGAAAGGAGAAGACUCUGGAGGAUGAAGACAUACCCAACUUGCGUGAGGAAGAUCGAGCACAGUCCUGUUACUUGCUGUUUGUGGAUAUAUAUAACAAACGGAAACAAGUUGAGCCACUAGCCCAACCAUCAGUGUUGAAGACAAUCUUGAUAUGCCACUGGAGGGAGAUCUUCAUAUCAGGGUUUUUCGCAUUUCUGAAAAUAGUGACCGUCUCUGCUGGUCCUCUUCUACUAAAAGCCUUCAUUCAGGUUGCAGAAGGAAAAGAGAGUUUUGAAUAUGAAGGUUAUGUCUUGGCUGUUUUGCUUUUUAUCUCAAAGAACUUGGAAUCUUUGUCCCAAAGACAGUGGUAUUUCAGGAGCAGAGUAGUAGGUGUGAAAGUAAGGUCCUUGUUAACGGCAGCCACUUAUAAGAAGCAACUAAGACUAUCCAAUACUGCCAAGUUGAUGCACUCAAGCGGUGAGAUAAUGAACUAUGUUACAGUGGAUGCCUACCGGAUUGGAGAAUUUCCUUUCUGGUUUCAUCAGACCUGGACAACGAGUCUCCAGCUCAUCUUUGCACUUUUAAUUCUCUACAGUGCUGUCGGGCUUGCUACAAUUGCAUCGUUGGUGGUAAUAGUUCUUACCGUUCUUUGUAAUACUCCCCUUGCAAAAUUACAGCACAAAUUCCAAUCUAAGCUUAUGGUGGCACAAGAUGACAGGCUAAAGGCUAUUUCAGAGGCACUUGUCAGUAUGAAGGUUUUGAAAUUAUAUGCCUGGGAAAGCCAUUUCAAGAAGGUUAUUGAGAAUCUAAGGCAGGUUGAAGAAAAAUGGUUGUCAGCUGUUCAGCUGCGUAAAGCAUAUAAUAGCUUUCUUUUUUGGUCAUCCCCUGUACUUGUCUCUGCUACAACAUUUGGGGCUUGCUAUUUCCUUGGUAUUCCACUAUAUGCAAGCAACGUUUUCACAUUUGUAGCAACAUUACGACUGGUUCAGGACCCUAUUAGAUCUAUUCCUGAUGUUAUUGGAGUAGUCAUUCAAGCUAAGGUUUCUUUUAAGAGGAUUGUGAAGUUUCUUGAGGCACCUGAAUUGGAUGUAGCAAAUGUGAGGCAGAAAUGCCUUGGAGAAAACGCAAGUCGAAACAUUAUUAUAAGAUCUGCUUGCCUCUCGUGGGAAGAGAAUUCAUUGAAACCCUCUCUUAGAAACAUUAAUCUCGAGGUUAGACGUGGUGAGAAGGUUGCUAUAUGUGGGGAGGUGGGCUCGGGUAAGUCAACACUUCUAGCUGCAAUUCUUGGAGAGGUUCCAGUUACCUGUGGAACUGUUCGAGUGCAUGGAACUAUUGCCUAUGUUUCCCAAUCAGCAUGGAUUCAGACUGGAAGUAUUCGAGACAAUAUUUUAUUUGGGUCUCCAAUGGAUUACCAGAGAUACCAACAAACAUUAGAAAAAUGUUCAUUGGUAAAGGAUUUUGAGUUGCUUCCGCAUGGUGAUCUCACUGAAAUUGGUGAAAGGGGAGUUAAUCUCAGCGGUGGACAGAAGCAACGGAUUCAACUUGCACGGGCUUUAUAUCAGAAUGCUGACAUAUAUCUAUUGGAUGAUCCCUUCAGUGCUGUUGAUGCACACACUGCCACGAGCUUAUUCAAUGAUUAUGUCAUGGGAGCUCUGACUGGGAAGACUGUCUUACUUGUAACCCAUCAAGUUGAUUUUCUUCCUGCAUUUGAUUGUGUUCUGUUUAUGUCAGAUGGCGAGAUUCUCAAUGCAGCUCCCUAUCAUCAGUUACUAGCCUUUAGUAAAGAAUUUCAGAGUUUGGUUGAUGCACACAAAGAGACUGCAGGUUCUGAGAGGAUUUCAGAAGUUACUUCCUCCCCGAGUCCUAAAGCUCCUAACAAAGAAAUCCGCAAGACAUACAGUGAGAAAGGUUCUAAAGCAUCAGCAGGUGAUCAGUUGAUCAAGCAAGAAGAGAGAGAAGUCGGGGACACUGGCUUUAGGCCUUACAUUCAGUAUUUAAAUCAGAACAAAGGCUUCUUGUUCUUUUCUUUGGCUGCUUUCUCUCAUCUUACUUUCGUGAUUGGUCAGAUAUCACAGAACUCUUGGAUGGCUGCAAAUGUUGACAAUCCUGAAGUUAGCACGCUGAAACUGAUUGUAGUCUACUUGGUGAUUGGGUUUUCGUCAACAUUUCUUCUGCUCAGUAGAUCUCUGAGCACAGUUGUUUUGGGUCUGCAAUCUUCAAAGUCAUUAUUUCUUCAGCUAUUGAAUUCUCUUUUCCGCGCGCCUAUGGCAUUUUAUGACUCAACGCCUUUGGGAAGGAUAUUAAGCCGGGUCUCGGUUGAUCUGAGCAUUGUUGAUCUCGAUGUUCCAUUCAACUUGAUUUUUUCUGUUGGAUCAACUAUAAAUUUUUACUCUAGUCUUGUGGUGCUAACUGUAGUCACCUGGCAAAUUUUGGUUGUCUCGAUACCACUGGUCUAUUUGGCUAUUCGAUUACAGAGAUACUACUUUGCCUCUGCUAAAGAGUUGAUGCGUAUUAACGGCACAACCAAGUCUUUUGUUGCAAAUCAUCUUGCUGAAUCUUUGGCAGGGUGCAUGACAAUCAGAGCUUUCGAACAAGAAGAGCGUUUCUUUGUUAAGAACCUAGAACUUGUUGACACAAAUGCCAGCCCUUUCUUCCACAAUUUUGCAGCUAAUGAGUGGUUGAUUCAACGAUUGGAGACAGUCAGUGCCACAGUUCUUGCCUCCUCAGCUCUCUGCAUGGUUUUACUUCCUCCUGGAACUUUUAGCUCCGGAUUUAUCGGAAUGGCUUUGUCCUAUGGUCUUUCAUUAAAUAUGUCCCUUGUGUUUUCCAUCCAAAACCAGUGUACUCUGGCAAAUUAUAUAAUUUCUGUGGAGAGGCUUUACCAAUACAUGCACAUACCAAGUGAAGCUCCUGAAGUCAUAGAAUGUAAUCGACCGCCAACCAAUUGGCCAAUAGUGGGUAAAGUAGAGAUUCAAGAUUUGCAGAUCAAGUAUCGUUCUGAUGGCCCGCUUGUUCUUCGUGGGAUCAGCUGUACAUUCGAAGGAGGGCAUAAAAUUGGUAUUGUUGGGCGAACUGGUAGUGGGAAGACUACUCUGAUUGGUGCGCUCUUUCGUCUGGUGGAGCCAGUUGGUGGAAGAAUCUUAGUGGAUGGAAUCGACAUCUGUACAAUUGGACUCCAUGACUUGAGGUCACGUUUUGGGAUUAUACCACAGGAUCCUACUCUUUUCAAUGGAACUGUGAGAUACAACUUAGAUCCUUUGGGGCAACACACUGAUCCGGAAAUAUGGGAGGUUCUUGAGAAGUGUCAACUCAAAGACGCUAUUCGGGAGAAAGAAGAAGGCCUCGACUCCUUGGUUGUGGAAGACGGAUCAAACUGGAGCAUGGGGCAGAGGCAAUUGUUCUGUCUUGGCCGUGCUCUGCUGAGAAGAAGCAAGAUAUUGGUUCUUGAUGAAGCAACUGCAUCAAUAGACAAUGCUACUGACUUGAUUUUACAGAAAACUAUCAGGGCAGAAUUUGCUGAUUGCACGGUGAUUACGGUGGCUCACAGAAUACCAACAGUGAUGGACUGCACUAAGGUUUUGGCUAUUAGUGAGGGGAAACUUGUGGAGUAUGAUGAACCAAUGGAGUUGAUGAAAAGAGAAGGUUCACUGUUUGGCAAGCUCGUGAAGGAAUAUUGGUCUCAUUAUCGCUCUGCAGAAUUACAGUGAAGUUAAACCGCAGAGCCAUUUUGUGAUCCUUUCCCCCUUUAGUGCACAGGCAGCUUACAGGACAACUGCUCAAAUAGCUGACAGAAAGCCGGGAUGCUUCAGCAUCGGUUUGGCACUUUGUUUUCUAGUUCACCGUGGUGGCAUAUAUACAAAAUGGAAGUGUGGCUUCCAGAGCCAAAUGAAGAUGGAAUCUCACUAGUAAUGCACGGAAUUGUGUCAUAGCAGUACAAUCAGUGAAGAAGAUUCUUUGGCCAUUUUGACGAUGCCCCUUUGGAUUGCUAAUAAUCAUAGGGGACUUGAGUUGCUUUGGGGUUGCAAAAAUAUAGAGCUUCUUGAUAAAUGAGACGUUGCUGUAUUAUGAGGGAUAACAGAAGAAACCCAGGCUAGAAAAAUUGAUCUCCAGGAAUGACGCUGGCUGUAGCACUUAUCGAUCCGAAAUGCAGCUAAAUUUUUUUAAAUAAUAUUUUGCUUGUAUUUUUCAA